AUAGAUUAGUAGAAUGAUGAACAUGGAUGAUGUUGUGAUCCAUGUUAAAGGAGUGUUGGAGAGAGCAAACUCAGCAAUAACUAAAAAGUGCUGCAUCUACAGAGUACCCUUACUUAUUCGCCAACUCAAUCAAAAAGCUUACACCCCAAAGGUUGUUUCCAUCGGCCCUUAUCAUCAUAACACCCACCGUCUUCGGAACAUGGAAAGACACAAAGUAAUGUAUUGCAAGUCAUUUCUCCAACGAACCAACACAAAUAUGGAAACUUGGAUCAAAUAUAUCGCAGGAUAUAUCAGAGAUGGCAUAGGACUUGCGGUAGUAGCAGGAGCUUCCAUGGCUUCUAGGGCUGGAGAAACCGUGCAAAGAAAAAAGGGGAAAAACAGUUUGUCAAUAGUGUUGGACAAGAUUUUUGUUUCUACAUAA